AUGACUUCGAUCAUCAAGUUACACUGCCUCUCAGGGGCUGGUAAUGAGGCUCCACCAUGCUAUGUGCUGCAGAUAGACGAAUUUAAGUUCCUCCUAGACUGCGGGUGGGACGAAAACUUCGACAUGGACUUCAUAAAAGAACUUAAAAGGCACAUAAACACAAUAGACGCAGUUUUAAUAUCACACUCAGACCCUAUCCACCUCGGAGCCCUACCAUAUGCUGUUGGGAAGCUCGGUCUGAACUGUCCCAUAUAUGCUACUCUACCGGUAUACAAAAUGGGACAAAUGUUCAUGUAUGACUUGUACCAGGCACACAGAAAUGUGUCAGAAUUUGAUCUGUUUACAUUGGACGAUGUUGAUGCUGCCUUCGAUAGGAUCGUGCAGCUGAAGUAUAACCAGAGUAUUGAUAUGAAAGGAAAAGGACUAGGUCUUCGUAUCACACCGUUACCUGCUGGCCACUCUCUGGGAGGCACGGUAUGGCGUAUCGCAGCUCCCGGUGAAGAAGACAUAGUCUAUGCUCCAGACUUCAACCAUAAAAAGGAAAGACAUUUGAAUGGAUGCGAGAUCGAAAGACUUAUGCGACCUUCCCUGAUGCUGUUGGGCGCUAUGAACGCAGAUUAUGUGCAGCAGAGGAGACGAUUGAGAGAUGAGAAGCUUAUGACCACGAUCCUGAGCACGCUGCGCGGCGGGGGCUGCGUGCUGGUGUGCUCGGACACGGCCGGCCGCGUGCUGGAGCUGGCGCACAUGCUGGACCAGCUGUGGAGGAACAAGGACUCCGGCCUCGUCGCGUACUCGCUGCUACUGCUGUCCAACGUCAGCUACAACGUCGUGGAGUUUGCCAAGUCACAGAUAGAAUGGAUGAGUGACAAACUGACCCGUGCAUUUGAAGGAGCUCGCAGCAAUCCCUUCGCACUCCGUCACCUUCAACUAUGUCACUCCGUUGGUGAGGUCAGCCGUACUCCAGGACCUAAGGUCGUACUGGCUUCCUUCCCGGACUUAGAGUGUGGGUUCGCAAGAGACUUGUUCCUUUUGUGGGCUCCUAACUCACAGAAUUCUAUUGUUUUGACUGCCCGGUCAUCCCCAGGCACCCUAGCCCGCGACCUGAUAGAGAAGGGCGGCGACCGCACCAUAGAACUGAACGUGCGCCGCCGCGUCAGACUCGAGGGCGCUGAACUAGAGGAGUAUUUGCAAAACCUGAGGGUCAAAGUCAAUAAUACUGUCAAAGAAGAAACAGCGGGGAUAUCUUCAGACUCGGACUCUGACGGCGAGCUGGAGAUGUGGGUAGUAACAGGGAAACAUGACAUACCGGUGCGACACGAUGUACGAGCCACUGGGUACUUCAAGACUAACAAGCGACAUCAUGCCAUGUACCCAUUCCAUGAGGAACGGACCAGGGCUGAUGAUUAUGGAGAAAUGAUCAAGCCUGAUGACUACCGACUGGCCGAAAUAGUGGAUGCGGAGGGGGAAAUCAGAGACGUACCUCCCGCCCCGCCACCGAAACAGGAGCCUGAUGAGGAAAUGACAGAGAUUCCAAGCAAGUGUGUGUCCUCGCUGCGUCAGGUACAGAUCAAAGCAAACAUCCAGUACAUCGAGCUGGAGGGGCGCUGCGACGGGGAGUCCUUGCUGCGGGUCGUCACGCAGGCCAAGCCGCGCGCCAUAGUCGGCCUUAGGGCCAACCCUGGAGCUCUGAUGACGCUUAGAAAACACUGCGAGGCUGAAGGUAUAGAGAAGAUCUACAUGCCGUCUGUCGGCGACAUCAUUGAUGCGACCACAGAGUCCCAUAUCUAUCAAGUGAAGUUGACGGACAGCCUGAUGUCGGGGCUGGCGUGGCGCUCGGCGGGCGACACCGAGCUCGCCUGGCUCUCUGCCGUCGUCACGCCCCGGGCGCACCAACGGGAAAACACUACUACCUCGGAAGAAGCGACGUCGGACGUGUCGAUGUGCCUGGAGGCGGCCCCGGGCGGCGCGCACGCGGCCUCCUUCAUCAACUCGGUGCGACUGUCCGAGCUGCGCGCCGCGCUCAGCAAGCUCGGCCUCACCACCGAGUUCACCGCGGGGGCGCUCGAGUGCUGCAAUGGGACGCUGGCUAUACGCCGGUUGGAGAACGGCCGCGUUGCACUGGAAGGUGUCCUAUCUGAAGAGUACUACAAAGUGAGAGAGCUGUUGUACGAGCAGUUCGCCAUAGUCUGA